AUGGCGCCCUUCGACAUGACCGAUAUAACCUCUGUUCUACUUGAACGCUCUCUCGAAAAACGAUACUUUGACGCUCCGCACAUCACGGCCUUACUGGGAUUCAUUACACAGCGGAUGAUUUCGUGGCGAAGACACUACAGGCAAUACGUCGGAUACAACCAAUAUGUUAUUCUCAUUUACAACCUCUUAAUCGCCGACCUACAACAGUCUGUCGCAUUCUCUAUAUCGUUCCACUGGCUCCGAAUCAAUAAGAUCGUAGCACCGACCGGCGCAUGCUUCCUCCAAGCGUGGUUUUUACAGAUUGGAGAUGUCGCAAGUGGCUUCUUCGUUCUCGCAAUUGCGAUACAUACUUGGUUGGGCGUGGUCAAAGGAUACAAAAUGCCGUACAGGUGGUUUGUGGUAUCAAUCCUCUCGAUUUGGCUCUUCUCGUUGAUCCUUACGUUACUUGGACCGGCUAUGUACCAGGAGCGAUAUUUCGCUCGCGCUGCAGCAUGGUGUUGGGUUUCAAGAGAAUACCAAAAUGAAAGACUUUGGUUACAUUACCUCUGGAUCUUCAUCGUCGAGUUCGGCACGAUCAUCAUCUACGCGCAUGUCUUCUUCCACCUACGCGGCCGCAUUCGAAGCAUCAUCGCAAACGACACUAGCAAGCUCACACGCGCGACGAAAUUCAUGGUCAUGUACCCCUUUGUAUACGUCGUACUCACGUUGCCCAUAGCAGUGGGUCGCAUGGUAGCGAUGACCGGUACCGAACCACCAGACCUCUUCUUCAUUGUCGCUGGGUGUCUUCUCACAUCAUGCGGAUGGAUCGACGCGCUUUUAUACGCCCUGACAAGGCGGGUCUUGGUAUCCGGAGAUUUGAGUACAGGGAAUUACAACAGAACUGUCACCGCAACGCUCACCAAUGCGGCACGCCCAGGCGACGACGACCAUUACGGCCUACAAUCCAUGAGUGGCAAAGAAGCCCUGACAUCGACUACUGCACGUACCGUCACCAUAGUAGGCGGCAGCAAUCGACUAUCGCGAAUAGUCGAUCACCGCCGUGGGCGCAGUCAUACAUUGCGGUCACGGCAUGAAGACACGCUACACGAAGAUGAAAGUCCUACCCGAACGGGAUCAGCAGACUCGAUCCUCAAGAACACGGUUUCAGGACAUGGCAUAAACAUUAUCACGGAGACAAGUGUGCAGGUGGAGACGGCUGAGGACAAGGUGUUUGAGGCAGGACGACCACGGUCGAAAGACUGGAGUGACGACUAUAGCCGAGGAUCAUGA